ACGCGUUAUGGCGCCAUCUAUUGAGUAUAUCAUUUAACUCGUACAGUUGUCAAAAUUUACAAUAAUAUCUUAAAAUCGGUGUAUUUUUGUAUGAUUAUUCAGGUAUAAAUGAGGGAUAUAAAGCGGAAAUAAAGCCUGCAAGAUGAUAUGAAUCAACGUCAGUUAGAAAUGUAACGUUUACGCCCACAAUGAAAACAUAACCUCAACAGUUCCUGCUAAAAGUUUUAUCUUUAUGCGAAAAUGGUUCUACCACCGAUUGUUACGGGUUUAUCCCCCAACGAGGGGCCUCCUGGAACACGCGUUACAAUCCGAGGUGAAAAUUUCGGUCAAAGACCCACCGAUUUAAUUGGAUUAACAAUUUGCGGGCAUGAUUGUUUAUUAUCUGCCGAAUGGAAAGCCCCUAGCAAAAUAAUAGCCAUUUCUGGUCCAGGGAAAGGUUUUGGAGAUAUCAUUGUAACCACAAAAUUAGGAGGUAAAGGUACUUGCAAUGUCCAUUUCAAAGGUUAUUACGAACAUAUUGGCCCCAUGAAAGAAAGCGCCGUUUGGGUGGAAGAAAAACCUUUUCACACAUUUCGUCAUUCCUUAUCAGCAAGUAGUAUCCAAAUAGAUGACCCAUUAGGGUUAUCCGAUGAAAGCAACGAGAAAAAAAUCCCUGAAGAUGACCUUAACGAUAAAUUCCCAGGAAGUUCUGGUGAUUUAACCUCAGAAAAUUUCUCACCAUGUCGAUUUUUAUACGAAAACCAUCACAAAACCAAUUUUAACGACCUACAAGCUGGGUUGUUGCAUUUAAGACGCAAAGUGGAUGGCCAAAAAGAAGGGAGAUUAUCAUUUUUAAAGACAAACAUUUCCGCUGUACUUGAUCAAAUAGAUACAUUAAUGGUGCUUAAAGACAAAUUCGAAAAAGACGUCAAAGAAUAUUCGCCUGAACCCACAUUAAAAUUUGAAAAAGCUAUAAGAGAAUCCCAAAGAGAAGCAGGGAAAUUAUACACAGAUCUUUAUACAAGAGGCGAAAGGGUCGAAAGUACAAGAAACGCGCUUAAUGUCUUAACACGCUUUAAAUUCUUAUUUUCCCUCCCGUGUUCGAUCAACAGAAACGUCAAAAAAGGGGAUUACGAUAUCAUUAUAAACGAUUAUAUGAGAGUGAAAAAUUUAUUUUUAAAGCGAGAUAUACCGAUAUUUCAAACAGUUUUACAUUUAAUCGAAGACAAAAUAACUGAAAUCAAAGAAAAACUUCACCAAAAAUUAGUUACAAUGCCGAUUACUGUGGAGGAACAAAAAAAACUUAUUCGGUACUUAGUAAAUUUGGACAGCAAUUUUGAGCCGGCUUGGGACGCGAUUUUAUUUCGAUCAAAGUACCUCGUAAAUCGCAUGGAGGAAUGCUACAAAGAGCACAAAGCUAUCAUCGCGGACGAUAUGCGCAAAUCGAAAAGCCCCCACGCUGCUAAAUAUUCCAAAUACAACGCGUCUCAAGACGCUAACGCUUGCCCACAAAACAUUUUUUAUGUCGAGGAAUUAUCUUCGUUACUUUCCGAACUUUUUCCAGACAUUUGGAAACUCGGCCAAGCUUAUUUUAUAGGCGAACUACACGUUAAAGUUGAACCAGGGCAUAAAACAGCUUUUAAGCAUACAGUACUAAAUAUAAUGGAAGCUUAUUGUAAAAGACUUAGAGCGGCUUUAAUACCUCAUACACUAGAUAAAACAUCGGAUAAAACAAAUUACGGCACAUGGUCGAUUCCGGAUAUAGAUACGAUGGCGAUCUAUCUACCGGAAUGUUUAAAAUACGUAAGAUCGGCUUAUUCGAUAUUAUUUAAAUUGGAUUUGCCAAGCGAAGCAUUAGAUAUAGUUUUAACGUUUAUAUUAGAUUUGCGAAUUCACUGUAUGAGUAUAGUGUUUAAGAAAACGAUCGAAAAUGUGAAAGAAUAUGAUAAACAAGAAACGUGGAAAGUUGAGAUAUCGGAAAGUCACUGUGGGAUAACUGAAUUGCCAUUGAAAUUUGAACAGGCAAUUCAACAGUUAAUUCAGUCGAUUUCCGAACCUGUUUUUGAAGCGGAAGCGAGAGAGGGACUUUUGGUUGAUAAUAUUUCGGCUCGAAAAGAAUACGAAAAACAAUUAGAUAAUUUAUUAACGGCUUUUUAUAAUGUUUUAACAAAUUUGGUUUUGAAGAGUCCUGAAAAUGAUGAAGACGACGAUGAAAAUCAAACGGCGAUUGUUUCACAAUUAAUUGGAACGCCAACUACGGUUGUAUAUAAAUCGCGUGGUAAAAGUAAUAUUCCGAUUAGGGAGCGAAGAUUAUUGAUGACCUUAGCGAAUUGUCAAUAUACGAGUAACGUAGUUUUAACGAACAUAGUUCGCUUAUUUACAAAAAGUAAUUACCAAAUACCGCAUCAAAUGAUUAAAAAGACGGAAGAAAAUUUUAAAUCUUUGGAAACAUCGAUUUUAGAGAAUUAUUUAGAACAGAAAAGCGAUCCGUUGGUGGGCACAAUAGAACCAUCUAUGUAUUUAGGCAGAUUCGAUUGGCACACAAACUUUACACCGGUUGAUAUACGACCAUACGCUAAAGAAUGUAUCAACAAUUUAAUUCAUGUACACUUUGAAGUAAAUAGCGUUUCAUCCAAAUUAGUCGAUAGUAUUCUUCCACAAGUCGUUCAAACAAUAGCCGAAGAGCUUUAUAGGUUAAUGAGUUGUGUUCAAAAAUUUAGUUUAGCAGGAGCCCAACAGGCUUUAAUUGAUAUUGGAGCUUUACAAGAAUUUUUUGAAGCUUAUUCUACCGAGAGAGCUAAAAAUUUUUUUAAAGAAGCCAUCAAAUUAAUUCCAACUUUAAACGAACAACAAUCAGAGAUCAUUAAGGAAGUGUUAAAAGAAAGCCGAAAGAAAAUGCGCCUCCAAAUUUUGUGUCUGCAGAAAUCAUAGCCAUAAAAAUAAAAAACAACAUAAUACUUAAACUAAUAAAAAUGUAAAUUACUUGUAAUAUUAUUGUAAAAUUAUUGCCAUACAUACAAAAUGGAUUUAGAUAUUAUUUUUAAAGGAUGAAUGAGAAUAUUUAAAAAAUA